AUGGAGGCACUUGGGAAUUUGGCAUUAGACAGAGGAAGGAGGUAUGUCAACUUAGAUGAUAAUCUAAGGUCGCUCGAAACCAAGUUGCGAAGAUUAGUCGGCAGAAAAUCUGACCUGGGGUCGCAGGUGACAGAUGCAGAAAGAUUAGGUACUAAGAAAAGGAAAAGGGAGGUUGAGAUUUGGUUUGAGGAGGUAGCAAAAAUAGAGACUGAAUUCGUUGCAUUGAAAACGAGCAUAGAACAGGGUAAUCUUCUAAGAAAUGCAUUUAGCAGUGGGGAUGGAGUGGAGAAAAUGGAUGCAAUUGUAGAAGACCUUAUUGAGCAAAGUAAGCAUUUUGAUGGGCUUUUGCUUGAGGCUUUUGAGAGCAGAGGUGAGCCACGAGUGACAACGAAAUUAUUUGGGGAAAUGUUUGACAGAGGUUUGAAAGCAAUCUGGGCGUGGUUGGUCAUCGAUAGCAUCUCAAACAUUGGGAUUUAUGGGAUGGGCGGUGUGGGUAAGACUACAUUGGCGAAACACAUCCAUAAUCAUCUCCUUGAGAGAACUCAAUUCAAGGUUUAUUGGAUUACUGUCUCUCAAGAAUUCAGCAUCAAAAGGCUGCAAGAUGACAUUGCUAAACGCCUAAGGCUUGAUCUGUCACAUGAGGAUGAUGAGGAUAGCAGGGCAGCCAUUUUGUCCAGGGCAUUGGUGAAGCAGUCCGUCCUCAUACUCGAUGAUGUUUGGCAAGAAAUUUCUUUCGAAAAGAUUGGAAUUCCUCUUGGUGCAAACAAAUGCAGAGUGAUCUUGACCACUCGGUCACUGGUAUUAUGCAACAGGAUGAGCUGUCAAAGGGUAUUUGAAGCUAAAACUUUGGCUACGAAUGAAGCUUGGGAUUUGUUCAAACAUACACUUGACACUAAGACAGUGCUUCAUGAAGAUGUGGAAGAAAUUGCCAAGUCCAUCGUGAAAAGGUGUGCGGGUUUGCCUCUUGGUAUUAUCACAGUGGCUGGAAGCUUGAGAGGUGUGAACGAGAUCUGUGAGUGGAGAAACGCAUUGGAACAAUUGAAAGCAUGUUCGGUGGGGCAUGAUGAGAUGGAACGAGAUGUGUUUCCAAUCCUGGAAUGGAGUUUCAAUCGCCUGAAUAAAUGUGAAAGGAAUUGCUUCUUGCAUUGCUGUCUUUAUCCGGAAGAUUGGAAAAUAAAAAUAAAGGGACUAAUAGACCUCUUUAUUUGGGCAGAGCUGAUGUCAAACAGGGAAUCGUGGUCAAAAGCAUUUGAUGAAGGUCAAACGAUAUUAAACAAACUGAUAAGAGUUUGCUUGCUGGAAGAAACAAAAAAUUUUAUGGGGGAUGACUGUGUGAAGAUGCAUGAUUUGGUCAGAGACAUGGCAUUAAGGAUCACGCAUGGAAACUCCAAACCAAAGAGCAGCAGAGAUGAUGUACCACGAUUCUUGGUGAAAAGCUUAGGAUGGAGCAAUUCAAAAGUAACACUGGAACCAAAAAAAUGGACACAAGAUCUCCAUGCAGUUUCCUUCUAUUCAGAUAUGUUUCAACAUAUAAAAAUAGAAGUUCCACCAGCCUGGUCACCAAAUUGUCCUAAGCUCUCAACCUUGUGUCUUUCUCAAGUUAUCAUAAAAGAAAUCCCAGAUUCAUUCUUUCGGUACAUGUGUGGACUUAAAGUUUUGAAUCUAUCUCGGUGCCAAGGCAUAACAGACUUGCCUAAUUCUGUUUCAGACUUGGUGAAUCUCACUGCCUUGAUUUUGAGGGAUUGUAAUGACCUCCGAUCUGUGUCACCACUGGGAAAGCUCAAGCAAUUGAGGGAUUUGGACCUAUCAUCGACUGAGAUUGAGGAUUUACCUCAAGGAUUUGGUCGGAAUAGAGUUCCUCUGCCAAUUGUCCUCUGCUUCUCCACGUGA